CCGUACCCUGGAGCAUUUCUUCCUAAACAAUUCAUGACAAGGUCCGGCUAACGCAACUGCCAGUGCUGAGACUGCAGCCGACGGAACGUGACGGCACCACGAGAAUAUUACAACUACCGACACUGAACACAAAUGACGGGAUCAGCAGAUCUCAGCUCAUUGAUGCAGAUGAAGAGAGGAGAACCCACCUCUGUAUGGAUGAUCCUACUUUGCUGCCUGUGGUGGAUGUGGAUAAAGGAUUCGCGAUCGCAUUAUUCUUACUUCUCUGCGUCUUUCUGGGCAUGAUGAUUGUCCGUUGUGCAAAACUCAUCAUGGAUCCCUACAAGGACAUCCCAAACUCCAUGUGGGAGGACCAAUAACAGUUACGUAGAAGGUGAUUCUCCAUAAAUUCAUGAGACGUGUCUUCUAGGAUGGCUUCUUUCUAGAUACGAAAGCACUGGAAAGUUAUCCAUUGAAAAUCUUGACCUCCUGACAUCUUAGUCUAUAGCAUCAAAUGACUCAACAUUUCACAAUGAUGGGCUUGACUUGAAAUUGAACUAUCCUGUGUGAUCCAGAAAGCUCAACUCAACAUUUGUCCCAUAAUUCUGGUCACAGUACGGCUGGGGAUAUAUGGUAUGGAUACAUUAGUUCAUGGUAAUAACCUGAACCUUCUUGUUUUGUUAUUUUGGUCUUUCUUUUACCGCCUAGCUGGAUACAAUGUAGUCUCCUUGAAGCCUAGCGACCCAACUUUUGUUAUAAGGAGUCAAGGUGGACAUCCCAAACACAACUGACUACCUACACGUUAAGUGCAUUGAUGCAUUGUUAGCCAAAUCACAUCAGAGUUUUACCCCGUACCAUGUAUGUUUGCGUGUGCCUAAAGCACACACGAGCGACCAUGGGAGGUCAGAGGAGAAGACCACAGCUCAUGUUACUGGCUGAUGGAUCUCUAUGGAAGGGUUAUAAUUAUUCAACAAGCAUGGAAGGCCGGGGAAAUCUGUCCUACCCCUAUAAC